AUGCCCUCUGAUCUCCGACCGUCGAUAGACUACCACAGAGAUGGUCGCGCCAACGCGCCACUGCUCGGGCGCAAAACAGAGGACGAUACCGUUGAUGACGGGAUGGUACGGAGCACACACACCUUUCACGAGCGUGACCCAGAAACACAAGCAAAACUCGAGACGAGGAAGAGAUACACAUACGCAGCGCUGCUGCUAGCGCUGAGCCUGAUCAGCUUCACAGUGCAGACGGAAACGGCAGUGUACAUUCAGCAUCAAUUGAAAUGGGAGAAGCCAUAUUGCAUGCUCUACAUGACCCACGGAUCAUGGGUAGUAUUGUGGCCAUCAACCCUCUUCUUGUUGCGACUCCAGCACUGGAACGAGCCAUGGGCGACUUUCUGGCGGCGCCACGUUCAGCUCUUGCGCCAAACAGCCCUCAUGGUGCAACACCAAAACUUGCAUCCCACACCGCGCCAAUCCCAGGUCUCGCCCGUACGCUACAUGGUCAAGAUGACCUGCUUCAUCACGUGCGCUCUUACCUUGGCUGGAGGCAGUUGGUACGUGGCAGUCAACCAAACCACAGCCAGCGACCUUACAGCCAUUUACAACUGCUCCGCCUUCUUCGCCUACGCCUUCAGCAUCCCCAUCCUCCACGAAAAAGUCCGAACUAGCAAAAUCGUCGCCGUCGCCAUUGCCAUUGCUGGCGUCUUCGUCGUCGCAUAUGGUGACACGUCGCCUGCUAAGCACGGCUCCAAAUCUGGCGGCGGCGCCGGUGGCGACAAAGCGCCUCCUUCACACGAAGCGGAGAACCGCGCUUUUGGCAACCUCGUCAUCGGUGUUGGCAGUGUCUUGUAUGGACUCUACGAGGUGCUAUACAAGCGCUUUGCGUGUCCGCCCGAGGGCGCCGCCCCCAACAAGGGCGUCAUCUUCGCAAACUUGUUUGGAAGCUUGAUUGGCGGGUUUACGCUUUCUGUGUUGUGGCUUCCGAUUCCCUUUUUGCAUUGGAUGGGUUGGGAGAUUUUUGAGCUGCCAAAGGGGGAACAGGCGUGGAUGAUGGCGAUUUCCGUGUUGGCGAAUGCUACUUUCUCGGGCGCUUUCCUUGCUCUCAUCUCCCUCACUUCGCCCGUCUUAUCCUCCGUCGCGGCUCUCCUCACCAUCUUCAUCGUCGCUAUUGUCGAUCAAUUACUUCCUCCACCGCUAAACUCACCGCUUACCCCUGCGGCCAUCGUAGGCGGCUUGCUCAUUAUCGGCGCGUUCAGUCUGUUGUCGUGGGCUAGUUACAAAGAGAUGGAUGAGGAGAGGAGGCAUAAGCUCGAGGAGGCCCCUAGCGAGUCUGAUGAUUGA